CAAGGACUCCAAGGCCUUCCGGCAGAUGGGCAUCGAUGACUCCAGCAAGGACAACCGUGGUGCCCAGGAGGCCCUCAACCCCGAGGACGAGGUGGACGAGUUCCUGAGCCGGGCCAUCGACGCGCGCAGCAUCGACCAGCUCCGCAAGGACCACGUCAAGAAAUUCCUGCUCACCUUCCAGACGCCCGAUCUGGAGAAGAAGUACUCCAAGAAGGUGGACGACCGCUUCGGCGGCUACGUGGCCUGCACCCUGCUCGUCUUCUGCUUCAUCUGCUGCCUCCAGUUUUUGGUGUUCCCCCCCUCCCCGCUGAUGCUCGGCGUCUACGUCGGCAUCUUCGUCCUCCUCUCCGCCAUCCUCUUCGUCUGCGCCGUCUACUCCUGUGUCACUCUCUUCCCUGCCGCCCUGCAGCGGCUCUCCCGGGCCAUCGUCCGCUCCCGCGCCCGCAGCACCGCCAUCGCCGUCUUCACCGUCCUGCUCGUCUUCGUCGCCGCCUUUGUCAACAUGUUCGCCUGCAGCCGGGUUCCCCUGCGGGACUGCGCCGCCCGCGAGCUCAACAUCACCCCCGCGGCGGUGGGGCCCUGCCAGCUCCGUGCCCUCAACCUCUCGCUGGGGGCCCCCCCGGGGCCGUGCCGCCCCCACGGGCCGGCCUGCGACUUCCCUGAGUACUUCACCUACAGCGUGCUGCUCAGCCUGCUGGCCUGCUCCGUCUUCCUGCACAUCAGCAGCAUCGGGAAGCUGCUGCUCAUGGUGGCCAUCGAGGCCACCUACCUGGUGCUGGUGGAGGGGCCCCAGGCCGCCCUCUUCGACAACGCCGACCUGCUGGUGGUGGCCAACGCGCUGCCCUUCUUCAACGUGACCCAGGGCGAAUGGUGAGGGGGGAACUGGGACCAGGGGGGUGCGGGGAGAGGAGGGGAGUGGGGUGGCAGCGGGAGGGACCCUUGGGGGGCUGUGCUGGGAGGGAGAGAGCG